AUGAAGUUCCUCUCAGUUAUCGCUGGAGCCUUGUUGAUGACCGGCGCCAUGGCCAUGGCAGAGGAAGCUGGCCCAACUCGAUGCGAGUACCUCUCCAAGCGCGACUGCCGCCUCAGACGCCGUGACCAUGACGAUAACCGGACUGCGGGUGUCUACUGCGGAUACUGCCCAGAACUCACCGGCCGACACGUUGAAGAACGUGGCCACCGCGACUUCGCCUAUAGAAUUGAUCGCAAUGGCGACUGCUGCUCCCUUGGUGAGCGCAGGUCCUGCCGUGGCCGACCCAAUGAGAACCGCAACUGCCCACGCCGAUCCCGCCCCCAUGGCGAAGAAGCUUAA